AUGUCAGAUAGGUCUGCAUUUGCAGUUACGAGAGGGAGAGGUCGUGGUGGUAGAGGAGGUCAGCAUGGUCGUGGUAGUGGUGGUGGACCCAUGUAUGGUCGUGGUGGUGGUGGAAUGUAUAAUAGUGGUGGUGGUCGUGGCCCACCUUCAACCUGGGCGAAUCAUGCAGCUGUAAAUGGUGGUAGCUCAAGGCAAGAAUCUCAAGUCACUGAUCAAAUCCCCACUACAUCUAUAGAUACUUCCAGAAAAGAGUUGUCUGUUCCUUUCGUCUCCUGGUCGGGUACUUCUUCUCCACUGUUGCCAUCACCCCCUCUUCCAGUUCCUAUUGAGGAUCUCGUUCCUCUUGUUCUGGUCGUGACCCAGUCUUUGCCUCCAGUGCAGCUACCUGAGAGAGGACCACCUAUCCGACAAGUGUAUACACAUCGUCAGGCAUCGGCUCCUCCUCUAUCUUCGUCACCAUUGACAGAUCCGGUAGUUGAUCCCACCCCAGCCCCAACUCCAAGUUCUGACAUUGAUCUUCCUAUUGCUUUGCGGAAAGGAUGUCCAGGAAGCCCUCAAUUCUCCAAGGUGGUGCCAAGCAAUGGAAGAAAAACUCUCGGCCCUGACUCGUACUCAUACGUGGGACCUUACUACUCUUCCUCCUGGUAA